AUGACGUCACUACCCUACGACAUCACUGCCCUACGACAUCACUACCCUACGACAUCACUGCCCUACAACAUCACUGCCCUACGACAUCACUGCCCUACGACAUCACUGCCCUACGACAUCACUGCCCUACAACCCCACAGCCCUACGACAUCACUGCCCCACGACAUCACUGCCCCACGACAUCACUGCCCCACGACCUCACAGUCCUACGACAUCACAGCCCUACGACAUCACUGCCCUAUGACAUCACUGCCCUAUGACAUCACUACCCUACGACAUCACUGCCCUACGACAUCACUGCCCUAUGACAUCACUGCCCUACGACAUCACUGCCCCACGACAUCACUGCCCCACGACAUCACUGCCCUACGACAUCACUACCCUACGACAUCACUGCCCUACGACAUCACAGCCCUACGACAUCACAGCCCUACGACAUCACUGCCCUACGACCUCACAGCCCUACGACAUCACUGCCCUACGACAUCACUGCCCUACGACAUCACUGCCCUACGACAUCACUGCCCUAUGACAUCACUGCCCUAUGACGGCACAGCCUUACGACAUCACUGCCCUAUGACAUCACUGCCCUAUGACAUCACUGCCCUACGACAGGGCAUGACAUCACUGCCCUAUGACAUCACUGCCCUACGACAGGGCAGUGACGUCGUAGGGCCUACGACAUCACAGCCCUACGACAUCACUGCCCUACGACAUCACUGCCCUACGACUUCACUGCCCUACGACAACACUGCCCUAUGA